AUGCACGCGUACGCGGAGAGAGUGGCGGUGCUGGAGGCCGUGGUGCGGCGGAUGGUGCUGGAGGGCGUGGGCGCGACCGCCGAGUACAUCGAGGAGCAGGCGAAGGCGACGGCGUUCAAGCUCCGGCUGACGGAGUACGCGGCGCCCGGCGCGGCGGAGGGGAGGGUCGUCGGCCUCCCCGCGCACCGGGACACGAGCUUCCUCGCCGUGCUGACGCAGAACGACAUCGACGGCGUGGAGGUGGAGUGCGGCCGCGGCGAGGGUGGCUGGGCUCGCCCGGUGCUGUCCCCGGGCUCCUUCCUCAUCUUCGCCGGCGACACUUUCAAGGUCCUGACGAAUGGUCGGGUGUUCAAUCCACUGCACCGCGUGGUGAUGGCCGGCGGCGACAAGACCCGGUACUCCUCCAUCCUCUUCUCCUCCCCGAAAGACGACAUCGUCGUUCGUGCGAUCGACGAGGCAGUGGGCGCAGACCACCCCGCCGCCUACAGGCCAUUCGAGUACGGCGAGUACGUCGUUUUCUGCUACAAGCCGGAGAUGAUUCAGCACCGGAAGAAACUGGAGGCCUUUGCCGCUGUGCGCAUCGACGGAUAG